AUGGUCCAGAUCUCGCUCACCACGCUCCUCGCCCUCGCGGCCACCGUCCAGGGCGCCUGCAACAAGGGCCCCGCCAUCAACGGCAAGACGGUCGACCUCAUCAAGGAGUUUGAGGGCUUCGUCGCCUCUCCCAAGCCCGACCCCAUCGGCCUCCCCACCGUCGGCUACGGCCACCUCUGCAAGUCCAAGGGCUGCAAGGAGGUCCCCUACAAGUUCCCCCUGACCAAGGACACGGCCACCAAGCUCCUCCAGAAGGACGUUGUCGGCUUCCAAAACUGCAUCGCCAAGUACACCAACGACAAGGUCAAGCUCAACGAGAACCAGUACGGCGCCCUCGUCAGCUGGGCCUUCAACGUCGGCUGCGGCAACGCCCAGGGCUCCCAGCUCGUCAAGCGCCUCAACAAGGGCGAGAGCCCCGCAAAGGUCCUCCCCGCCGAGCUCCCCAAGUGGCGCCUCGCCGGCGGCAAGGUCAUGCCCGGCCUCGUCCGCCGCCGCGCCGCCGAGGUCAAGCUCUCCAAGGUCAAGACCACCAAGGGCGCCCUGCCGCCCAAGUGCUAA